ACCAGCGGGUGUAGCAUCUCAACGGAGGAGACCCUGAAUGGAGAAAAAAGCCUCCCUCUGUCUACACUAAACCGUAUUAGCCGCGGAGAACCGGACAGCCGUUGCCCCCGACACCCGGCCACGUUUUCCCGCCUCCUGCAGGAUGAGUGUCGGCGCUCCGAGAGGCCUGGCCAGCUCGGGGCAGAAGCCCAUCGCGGAGAUCCCCAACCCGCUGUCCGCCGCCGAGGAGUCCCUCUCAGUCACCGUCAGCGUCGGAGGGGACAAGGAAGCGGGGCUGACCAAUGGCACGCCGGUUGAGACGUCAAGUCCCGCCUCCGUGUCCUCGCUGUUCAACAGGCUGCAGCUGGACGACGACCUGGAAGCAGACGUCCGGGACCUCUACGCCUCCACAGAAACGCGCGACCUGUUUGUCACGGUGGACGACCCAAAGAAGCACGUCUCCACCAUGGAGACCUACAUCACCUACAGAGUCUCCACCAAGACAACGCGGAUAGAGUUUGACCUGCCGGAGUACUGUGUGCGACGGCGCUACCAGGACUUUGACUGGCUGAGGCUCAAGUUGGAGGAGAGCCAGCCGACCCACCUCAUCCCUCCGUUGCCAGAGAAGUUCGUGAUGAAGGGCGUGGUCGAUCGUUUUUCGGAGGAGUUUGUGGAGACGAGGAUGAAAGCUCUGGACAAGUUCCUGAAGCGAGUCGCCGACCACCCCGUCCUCUCCUUCAACCCACAUCUAAACGCUUUCCUGUCUGCCAAGGACCUUAACAAGCGUCAGGGUCUGGCCCUGCUGACCAAGGUGGGGGAGUCCGUGAAGCACGUGGCCGGAGGCUACAAGCUGCGGGCGCGGCCGGCCGAGUUCUGCGCCAUGGGAGAAUACCUGGACACCUUUACCCAGAAACUGGGAACCAUUGACCGCAUCGCCCAGAGGAUCCUCAAAGAGCAGUCAGAGUACCUGACAGAGCUGCGUGAGUACGGCACCGUGUACUCCAGCUGGGCGGGGUCGGAGGAGGAGCUGCAGCGCCCCCUGGAGGGCGUGGCCAGCUGCGUGUCCACGUGCUGCAGAGCGCUGGAGGACCAGAGUGAGAACAUGAGCCAGGACUUUCUGCCUGUGCUCAGGGAGUACAUCCUCUACAUAGAGUCCAUGAAGAAUGUUUUGAGGAAGCGCGACCAGAGCCAGGCGGAGUACGAGGGCCGGCUAGAAGCAGCCAUAUUGCGCAAACAGGAGGACAGAACGCCUAUGCCAGUGGAGGUAGAGAAAUGCCAGGACAAAGUGGAGUGUUUCAACGCGGACCUAAAGGCAGACUGGGAGCGCUGGCAGCGCAACAAGAGACAAGACUUCAAACAGCUUCUCACGGGCAUGGCCGACAAAAACAUCAACCACUACGAAAAGUGCCAGGCAGCAUGGGAGUCGCUCAUAACUCUCCUCCAGGACAAACAGACCGAGGACAAAACGAGUGAGACGAACUGAAACACGUCCUCGUGUCUCCGCUACCCCCUUUCUGUAUAACAUGCUCUCUCGAAGGGGACGGACCGGGCAGCAGAUCUGAACUGCAGGACUCUGCCCCUGUUCUCCUGUGAGACGACCAAUCGGAGGGGAGCCGUGUCUCCCAGACAUCAGACCUGUGAAGGAGGUAACGAAUGGUGCAUUCAAGGACAGCUGGGAAAGAGGAGAGAAUUACUUUGUACAGACAUUUCCCCCCCCUUUUUUUUUCUUUUUUUUGCUGUUUUUAUUGACUUUUUCUACAUCGUAUUUCCAGUUAACAGUCUGCUGCCAAUGCUGCUUGCGUCUAUUUAACCAUGGUUUUCUGUCUGUAGGUCACAUUCAAGUGUGAAGGUUAACUCAUACAGAUAAUAAUAUUUUGUGCAGGCGUGAAGUAUGAAGUAUCAGAGCACCCUCGCCAUUUUUUUUCCUGUCCAGUUGUAAAAGCCUCUGACAAUGUAACACUAAAACUCUCCUCUGGAACAAGACUCUUGAAGGUAUCAUAUUGGCUGUAAAUUUAAAGGACCAUACCUGUUUACUUUUUGCAUGUUUCAGCCCAUAAACUUGUAUACUUGUCAUUACUGUCACUCAUUUUCAAGGUCAGAAUUUUUUACAGUUUUCCUAUUUUCCCUGCAACCGUCGUUGUUCUGAAAAUCAACUUUCAGAGACUUGAAACUUGCGCCG